AUGGCUGAGAAAUUAUCCGAACAACAGAUUGCUGAAUUCAGAGAGGCUUUCUCCUUAUUCGAUAAGGAUAAGGAUGGCAAGAUCACAACCAAGGAAUUGGGUACUGUGAUGAGAUCCUUGGGCCAAAACCCAUCUGAAAGUGAAUUGACAGACAUGAUAAACGAAGUCGAUGUGAAUAGCGAUGGCUCUGUCGACUUCCCAGAAUUCUUGACCAUGAUGGCCAGAAAGAUGAAGGAUACAGACUCUGAAGCUGAAAUUGCUGAAGCCUUCAAGGUAUUUGAUAGAAACGGGGACGGCAAGAUCAGCGCUGCUGAGUUGAGACAUGUGUUAACCUCAAUUGGUGAAAAGUUGUCCGACGCAGACGUUGACCAAAUGAUCAAGGAGGCUGACACCAACAACGAUGGCGAAAUUGAUAUCCAAGAAUUUACUCAAUUGUUAGCUGCUAAAUAA